AUGUCUGUUGAGAGGGUGGGUUCACCAAGAGAAGGAUUGACACUCAGAGUAGAAGAUUCACGAUCCAGAUUUCGCAAAGAGGAACUAGACAUCGAAAAGCUACGUACAUUUUCAAGAUCUUUGGAUGAUAUCACUUCAGAAACACUAUACAGCAAGUGGAAAAGAGCGCGGGGGGAAGGAACCAAGUCACCCUCACGCAGAGGUCGAAGCAUAUCUCUGAUUACACCGCCAAACAUCUUGCGCCAGGAAAACCAAAAGCAAAGUAAACCAGCUAGGAAGAACAGCUUCCAUGUUUUGCAAGAGAAUGUUUUCAGACCACGGGGUUGGACUAUAGCAGCAAGUCCCAUGGAGGUCAUCAAUGAGCAUUUUGCAUCGCAAACACUAGAUGUCAAUAACAACAACGAUACGCCAGCCCUAGAUGGACAAGAUGCAAAGCGUCUGUGGGGAGAAAGAAGAAGAAAUAGGAAACAAUUCAAGGUAACAUUGCAGAUUCCUCAAAAGCAACACAGACCACCAACAUAUACAGGAGCCGAAAUUACGACGGUGACUCAAGGAAAAAAGUAUCAUGUUGAUCGCAAACGAGUGAUCGAAACCGCUUCGGAAGUUUUCAUCAAACCCUCUCAAGUACCACGAUUUGUUCCCGAAUCUUCACGAGAGGACGAAAACCCUCCGAUAGUGGCGCACCUUGUGGGUGAAGUAGAUGAUGCUUCCAUAACAAUGGAGGACUCAUUUGCUGAGAAACCUUUUGACAAUUUGUCAGCCGAAACAGUAAAAAUCGAGCUCCCACAGCAGUCUGUUAGCAUGCCUGCAUCGCCAAACUUCCCAUUAAGAAAGGUUCUUGAACAUGCGUGGGAGGAAGUCACAAAAGACUCUUUUGGGGGUCUAAGUAAAGAUAUUAUUGUCCAAGACGCCUCUGAGAUGACAGCAAGCAGUGAAAGGUCAAAAGCAUCAAAGAAUACUUUCUCACUUGGCUGCACUUAUGCAGUGGUCAGCCAACCAACGCGAGCGAAUAAAAACACUGUCAAACCAACUGCACAAAUGAACAGCACUAUAAUUACCAAAGAACAACGUGCCGAACUAGAAGAAGAAUUCCAAAAGUUGAAGAAAGUUUCGCUCGAGUUGGAUAGAGCUGAGUCUGAAGAGAAAAGAUGCAACAGCCCAAAUGGUUCUUCUGGAGUUAAUUCAAAGGAUAUUUUGGAGCCACAGCCGUUCAGACGAUUCUCAGAACUUAACAAUCCAACUGUAUGGAACUCAUCGAGUCAGUCAACGGCCAGAGCUAUUCUGCAGAAUAUUACAGACGUCGCGCAUAAAACUGAAAAAGAGAGAAUUCAGGAUAUCGAGUGGGCUUUCGAGUGGAUUAGAAAAGAACUGGCUGAGCUACGAGCUCAAGAUAAAGAUAUAAUGCGGACAUUUACAAAGAUUCAAGCCGGGAUAAGGAAAAUCAAACUUCAACGCGCAUUGAGCGGCGCCUUAGACGAGCCAUACGAAUGUGACAUUGUGCACCAUUCGGUAAAUUUAAGCGCUAGCUUUUCAUAUGUUCCGCUAGUUAAAGAACUACACAACACGUUUCCGAGAAGAGCUAGUGCUAUAUGAACUUUCAAAGCUAUCUAAUCAACGGUCAAAAGUAAAUAAUUAAUUGGUUCGAAAUAGACACAUGUCUAGGCCCGUCCGCGCUUUAUAAUUAUUGACUCAAAUUAAUGGCUUUAAUCUCUGUUACUGUAAGAAAUACUCGGCCAAGUGUGUUGUUGCCGAGCGCGAUUAUUGAGUUUGAAGAUCAAUGCAGUAGAAAAUACAACUCUUCGAAGAAAGGUACUUUCGGUAGUAAUUGAUAAUAAAAGAAGCGUGUUUCACA